UGAUUGGCAAUUUUCUACAUCUCUUGGAAACCCAGAACAAUUACCCUACCUUCUCGAAGGAGAUAUGGUACUGAGCGUCGAACAAAUUCAAUUACUUGUCGCUGACUUUCGUUCACAAUUAUCCAAAAUAGAAUAUUGUCAAGCAAAUAAUUGUAAUGAAAGAAAGAAGCGAAUUUUAACGUCAGAUUUAAGCCGUCGUUGGAAGGAGUUCCCAAUUCCUUUUAUUAUCCAACCAGACGUUAAUCGCCAAGCUAUACUCGAAGGAAUUGAAAAUUGGGAAAGAACUACUUGCAUUACUUUUGAAGAAAAAGAAGAAUUGCCUUCUGAUUCGUCUGGUUUAAAUUUUGUUUUUGGAGAGGGUUGUUUUUCAAAUGUUGGAAUGGUUAAAGGACGUAAUCAAAGAAUUGGGAUUGGAAGGAAUUGUGAUAAUCCGUUUGUGGUUAGCCAUGAAAUAGGUGGAAAAGAAUUUUAUAUACAAACGGGCCUCAUUAUAUGA